ACUCUGUCGACUAUCUGAUUUCGCUCAUUCCCAGUCCAAUUGAGGUUGUGCGCUUUGAGUCCGUGUUGUCCCUUCUGCGAAAGGGGGUAGAGUUUUUGCAAUUGUUGCCUCAUAGAAGUGGGCUUCAUAUUCGAGAUCCUGAGCUACAGGGGAGGUUUAAUCCACAAUGCAGCUAGCUUUGCUGGAAGCCGGUGUACAGGGCAGGAUUUGCAGCCCUAAUUUGACAGCGUUGCGUACUCGUCAAUAUCAAUGUGGGUCUGUGUCCGUUGCAUCGCAAUCGAUCCCUCUCCGACGGCCUGAGUGCGAGGCCAUUACUGCUACAGCGCAGCCGUCCUCCUCGGCUUCGUUGUUUCCUUGGGCGUCUCUUGUCCGAGGGCUGCCUUCACUGAAAUUGCAACCGAAGCCGCGCACUUACGGGGUCAGGGCAGAAGCUAGAGGCGUUGGGGCGUAUGAUAAGGAUGCAUUUACGAGCGAAGAGGAAGCGAGUAGGCUCGCUCAGGUCUCCAAGCGUUUAGAGCGGACUGCUGGCUACUUUAAGAGGUUUGGACAGUUGGGAUUCUGGGGACAGCUUGUUUGUACAGUUGUAGCAGCGGUGAUUUUGGCAUUCUCCGUCGCCAUCACUGGCCAAGCAACGGCUCCAGUGUCAACUUACCUCACUGCAGGCGGCAUUGCGGCAGCAUUUCUAUCUGUGUUCUGGUCGUUCGGCUACAUUCGCCUAUCCCAGCGACUGCGCGAGGCAACAAAUGAUCCUGCUAAGGCGCCUCCACGGGCAGAAGUAAUCAAGAAAUUAAAGAGUGGAAUUGUGAUCAACCUGCUUGGAUUAGGGUCGUCGGUGUUAGGUUUACAAGCAACCGUAGGUGUACUGGUUGCGAAGGCUCUCACUUCUUCCAGUGUUCCAUAUUUGCAAGGAGCUUCGCCACAGUUUAGCCCGGUUCUUGCUUUGGACGUCUUUCUUGUACAGGCUUCCGGCAAUGCGCUGGUGGCGCACUUUCUGGGAUUAGUUUUUGCCUUGGAAUUGCUCCGGUCAGUUACUCUUUCUCAACCUCCCCCAGAUAAUGUCAUCCCUAGAGCAGCUUGACUGAAGUCGACUAGCCUAAAUUGGACCCUAAUGUGCAGUGUAAUGACCGUUGUAUUUUACAAAUUGAAAGUUACACCGACUAUUCAAGCGCCGUUGAGCGACUUUAGUGAACACCGUCAUGUUUCUUUUGCCAUUUGGAUUUCUGUCGAAGCAAUUUGAUAUU